CCUAUCUACAAGUGAAACUUUAUUUAUUGUAUCGAUAAAAACCCGCAUUUUUUGCACAGCUCUAUUUUUGUGAAUGAAUUCUGACAUUACAACGUUUUAUGUGGCGAUGGAGCGUGGAGGCGUUUUUAUUUUUAUACUUCUUAUUACUUCUGUGCUAAGUUACACAACAUCAAAAGAUUAUUCGAGCGAGGAAAAUGAACGUUUCAACGAACUAAGUAUCCAGGAUGAUGAAACAGAAGUGCUUUCAAACUAUGAAGUUACAGAAAUAGUUAUUGAUGUACCAAAUAAUGCAACUUUGGGACCUAUUAUAGCAAAUUACACGAUUGCUAGGCCCCUUAAUCUCGCUGCUACACCUGUACCUGCUACACAGACCACAGAAUCUGUUACAAAAACAACAACCAAUGUUGAAAAUAAAACACAGAAGAGCUACAUAAGCAUUUUUCACAUAAAAGCUGAGUUUGACAAAAAUGGCAGAGAAAAUAACAAAGUGAAUGUCACGGAUACUUCAGGCUUCAAAGAUUAUAUAAUUGGCUUAAGAAAGGGUAUUGUGGAUGGUUUUAACAGUUUCUUUGCGAGGCCGAUUUUAUUCUUGAAAAAUUUAAGGCACAAGGGAUAUGAUAUAAGUAAUAGACUACCAAAAAUAAAUUCAGACUAUUGACUCUUGGACAGUAUUAUAAUCGACGCUUUUUUGAAUUUUAAAAGAUAAAUCCCAAUGAGCAAAGAAUCAAAAACAAUAAUGAUCUAGAGAUUACUGGACUUUUAUCAAUCAUAACCUGAUUGUUUGUGUUUCCUUCACUCUCAUGUGUAAUAACUUGAGAGGGAAAGAGACAAAACAUCGUGGAAAUUAUUUCAAGAACAAAUUAAUUUUAUGAGUAAUAGGGAUACGAAACAAUGAUAAUUAUAAAACUACGCUAGCUACUUUUUAAACAAAAUUAAUAAGAAAUGCAUUCAGGUAUUAAAGAUUUCAAUGAUAGUUUUUAAAAAUGAUAUUUGAUUUAUGUAGGUUAAGUAUCAUAGUUGUAUUUAAUCGACAAUUAAGGCUAAUGAGGAUUAAAUUGUGACUAUGUUUCGCGUGUAUGAUGAUUGGUUCUAUUUUAUAUGUAUACUUGCAUUCUGAUACGGGCUAUAACUGGAAAAGCGAAAGGCAGAUCAGGUGACCUGCUGGAUAUACCUGACGACUUGACUCUCCAUCAAGCUGAAUACCGGGAGGUCACGGUCCUCAACUAUGAGAGACCGAUUGUGGAGGACUGGCCUUCUGCUCCUGGCUGUGCCCAAGUUGUCAAAGGAAAAGAAAAGCUAUACCAGGGUUUUACCGCAUAAUUCCUAUCCCCAUAGGAAUUCCGGGAUAAAAACUAUCCUAUGUCCUUA